UACAGAAAAAAUAUUUGAGCAUAUCCUAUCUCUUACAAAACAUCAAAAAGAAACCCUUGUCUUAAUAUUCCCUCUUCAGUGAUGGCAAGGAUGGUGGCAGCAGCAGUGAUGGCAAUGGCCCUAUUACUGAUGCCAUUUUUGUCAAAGGCAGUGGACAUUCAUCAAAUAAGACAAAUAGCAGCCGAAUAUAAUGUAACAUGCGUGUUAGUUUUUGGAGAUUCCAGUGUUGAUCCUGGUAAUAACAACCGCCUUCCCACUUUCAUGAAAGGCAAUUUCCUCCCUUAUGGUAAGGACUUCUUUAAUGGCCGCCCGACCGGAAGAUUUUGUAAUGGAAGACUUGCUACUGACUUCAUAGCUGAGGCAAUUGGUUAUACAAAAGCAAUUCCAGCGUUUCUUGAUCCUCACAUAAAGCCAGUAGAUUUGUUACAUGGUGUUAGUUUCGCUUCUGCUGCUUCUGGUUACGAUGACCUCACUGCCAAUAUCUCGAAUGUUUUGCCUGUAUCCAAGCAGCUGGAGUACUUCAGGCAAUACAAGAUCCAUGUGGUUCGGUUGGUAGGCGAGAAGAAAGCAAAUGAAAUCAUAAACAAUGCAGUCUUUGUUAUGAGCAUGGGUACAAAUGACUUUCUUCAAAAUUAUUACCUGGAUCCAACCCGUUCGCAGCAAUACACUGUAGAAGAAUACGAAAAUUACUUGGUUUCUCUCAUGGUAAAUGACUUUAAGGAAAUGCAUAGACUGGGAGCCAGGAGAUUGAUUGUUGUUGGAGUCCCUCCUUUAGGAUGCAUGCCACUUGUGAAGACACUAAAGGAUGAGAAAGGUUGUGUGGAAAGUUAUAACCAAGCGGCAUCCUCAUUCAAUACCAAGAUAGAACAGAAGUUGGUUACUCUAAGGCAAACCUUAGGGAUUAAAUACGCAUUUGUUGAUUGCUAUGGUAUGAUUCUAAAUGCUAUCCACAGCCCCAGAAAAUUCGGUUUCGUGGAGACGGGGAAGGGCUGCUGCGGCACAGGAACAAUAGAAUAUGGGGAUUCAUGCAGGGGAAUGAGCACAUGCCCUGAUGCAUCGAAGUAUACAUUUUGGGAUGCUGUUCACCCAACUCAAAGAAUGUACCAAAUUAUUGCUGAUGAAGCUAUCAAUUCUCUUAACGCAGCACUCUUGCAAUAAGGAUAUAUAGUAACAGAUGCCAUUAAUUUCUUUGGCCAGGAAAUGCCAGUGAUUUGUUGUAACCUUUAUGGAUGUGUGGAUCCAUAAUUUUGCAUUGCUGUUGUUGAUAUGUUUUAAUUAAAUUAAAAUGAUUUUUGUUAUUA